GCUUUGCGCAUGCUCAAUAAUAUCUAGUGGUUACUCUACCCGGAAAAUAAAGAGUUCGAGGCAGAAAAUUACUUCUCUCUUUGAUCUGAAUUAUUCCGUAUUAACGGAAGUCUGCCAUAAUGCGACGUUUCGGUUCUGUGCAGCAAAAGAUAUCUUGUGUGUUUUUGACUGAGGUGAAAGAGGAACAAUCCAGAAAACGCGAAUGUCAACAGUUUCAGGUUGUAGCCACUGAAAAUGUGAACCCUAUAGCACUGGAAUCGAAUAUUGACUGUGCACUUGCCACAGAAAAGCUGGAUGGCACCUGCUGCUAUGUUUCAAUUUAUAAAGGGCAAUCAUACCUCUGGGCUCGACUAGAUCGGAAGCCCACCAAGCAGGCAGACAAGAGGUUCAAGAAGCAUCAGUAUUCCCACAAAAGUUACAAAGGUUUCACGUGGAAUGUGAAAGAAGACUUUAAGACGGUUCCAGAGUCUUGGGUCCCGGCACACAGAGUUCAGCACCACAAUGGACAGCCUGUACCAGAUGACCACGGACACAUCCCAGGUUGGGUUCCAGUGGAGAAAGACAACAAGCAGUACUGUUGGCACUCGUCUGUUGUGGACUAUGAUGCUGGUGUAGCGCUGGUUCUGAGGCCCAGUGCUGAGAAUGAAGACCUGCUAGAGAUCACCAUGGUACCACUGGCUGAUCUCCUGGAGCAAACCCUGGAGCUUAUUGGAACCAACGUCAAUGGGAACCCAUAUGGGUUGGGAAGUAAAAAGCAGCCUGUCCACGUCCUGGUUGCCCAUGGGAGUGUACACAUCAGGAACCCUCCCCCGGUGGACUACCAGCAGUUGUGUUCCUGGUUCCAGUACAGCCAGGAGGGCCGUGUUGAGGGCAUCGUCUGGCACUGUAAUGACGGGACACUGGUCAAGCUCCAUCGUCAUCACCUGGGGCUGAGAUGGCCGGAUGGCGACACCAUCCUGAACGCUCGGCCUGUGGUCGUCCACGUCGACGGGACCAUACGAGAGUAUGACAUCACCAGCAAGGACUUGUUUACAUCUCUAUCCCAGUUAAACGGACAUCGCUUCAGCAGACUGCAGGACAUCCAGUUUGACCCUUAACCUUUAUUUAACCAGGAAGUCCUAUUUAGGUCAGAAGACCUUUAUCCCUAAAUCCACCAGGAGCUGGGUCGAUCAGGCUCACAAUGUCUCAUAGUGAUUAUGUGAAGGUCUAUGUCCUUAGUGUUGGAAAUGUGUGAUAGCAGUGCAGCAAUGGCAGCUUUCUGUGUUAUCACUUUCAUUCAUCCCUCUAUCCCAUUCAUUUUUCCCAUAGGGAUUUUACCCUAUGACAGACGAUGUCAGUAUACAACAAGUUAUUGCUCACGUAUACCCUGUAAUCAUAUAGCAUUAGAAAGCUUAGAUUCACAGCUAUCCAUCAGAUACAUUCUCGCAAUGUUCAGGUCAACUGAACUUUGACCUCUAUGGUACAUAUUAGAUAUAUAUAUAUAUUAGAUGGACCUGUAUAAAUUGCUUUAAAAAGGAAAUCCGUAUACAUUUAAAACUUUGUUUAACAAGUCAUGAAAUGACAUUUCAAAUUAUAUAUAAUAUUACCUACUUUGAAUGCGCUAGCUACAACUAUUGUAAAAAUAAAAUCACCCAUAUUGUGCCAUUGACAUUAGAACGUUUUAAGCUUAACCAAUGAAUUACAUGUAAUGGGGCAGCUACGCUUUUGGAUUGUAACUUCGGUGAUAGGAACACCACAUUUCACACGCUCAGCUAGAACAGGGUUUAAAAAAUAUUUGUAGAUACAGGGACACUACAGCAUUAACCCCACUGAAGCCUUUUUCCAAUAUGGCCGCCAAGCAACUCAAUUGGGUGUUAUCGGAUACAUUUUGCAUUACCAUACCUGUAUGGAAUAUAAUUGUAUUAGAAUACAUCUUGAUUUAGACUAACUAUGUGUAAUGGUUUGCUGCUCUCAUCAUCCAGAUAUUAGGUUAAAACGUAUUGGCAUUUUACAUUGUAACGUAUGCAGUCCUCUGUUAAUGAAAACAGUUAAUAUUUUCAUCAGCUCACAUCCAUGUCUAUUCACAUGUACAUAUCCAUGUUUGAAGAUUAAAUAUAGCAAUUACUGAUCAUAACAGCUUCUUGGGCAUAUUCUAACCACAAUUAUGUCAAGUCAUUUAACAUUGUUAUAUGUUAUAGCACACCUGGCUAAUUUGGUUGUGUAUUCUACAUCACUAAGAACAUUUCAAGAUAUUAUUGGGAAUAAUAUAAUUUUUUCAUACAGGUAUGGUAAUGCAACAUUUAUCCAAUAAGACCCUUUUUAGUUGUUUGGCGGCCAUGUUGGAAUCCUGUGAUGGUCCUGAACACUCUAAGAAUGUCUCUGAUGGAACGCAGAGAAAGCUACCAUUGCUGUACUACUAUCACACAUUUUCUAACUCGAGGGACAGACCUUAAAAAGAAAUCACUGAGAUGUCGUCACCACGAGAGCCUGACGGCCCAGAAUUAGGGGCCUUGCUCAAGGACUGUAAGCUUCCAUACUGUAUUACCAUUAGUAUGGUUGAACCAGACUAAAUAGUGGGGUCACCAGUGAAACAAUGGUGAGUGCAGUGUUCAAUCUGGUUUAACCUGGCUAUAUGUCUUCCAACAUGAAUGAACCUGCCCAAUAAAAAGCCUGUAAAUAUAUUGAA